GCAGAUCUUAAGGCCUUUGAGCGGCGCCUCACCGAAGUGGUUUCAUCAUACCGGCCAUCUACUUUCCGCUGGCGCAUUGUCCUAUCCGCCAUGUCCAUGUGCACAGCCAUUAGCGCCUGGUACUGGCUACGAGAUCCGCGCACUGUCACUGUCCCGCUAACGGAAUCCCUCUGGAUUCAUCCCGUGUUCACAAUCGCCACACUGACUCUGAUUGUGCUCUUCAUCCUGGGCAUUCAAAAACUGGUGAUAGCGCCACAAAUCAUCACAUCCCGAACGCGCACCGUCCUCGGGGACUUCAACAUGAGCUGCGAUGACACGGGGAAGCUGAUACUAAAGCCACGCCAAAGCAAUAACAACAGCACAUAAGCCUCUCGCUUCCAAUGACAAUCAAUUAGUUAAUUUCUUUUCGCCCCCCCACUAACUAUAUUAUGUUAUACCGGACACCCUAGAUUUGUAAACGAAAUUAUUGAAUGUGCCCCCUCCCCCUUUCACUCUUUUACUUAUUAAUUAUAGAAGCUCCAUUGUACAAAACGAAAAUGAGAACAAAAAAAAAUUGUUAAGAUUUAAUGUGUUUCGUUAUGGCGUUACCCAUCGCUGCCAAAUACAACAAGCAACAUUUGAAAACUUAA